CGAAAUUGUUAGGGCUAAUUAUGUGAUUUCUUGGGAUUCGACAUCUUAAGAGUGGAUAUUUUGAAUGUUUACCUACCUGGAUACCGUCCUAGGUAGGUAGACUCCUUAUAAUGCGUCUCUCUAGGUAAAUUCUGUCCACGUGGAGAGGUCCCCGUCAAUUUACGUUGAAAAUGGCCCAAUUAGGUCAAGCCGGAUGGGCCAAGUACUGGUCUUGGGAGUGGAGGCUGAAUGGUUUCAUACCUUUUUUGGAGGAAACUGAUUUUUGCCAUUGGCCUCUACAGAUCGGCCUUAUGUGGAACUUGCAUUGGCAGUCUAUAGCAAUGGACUACAAGGGGGGUUAAAGUUGUUUAACUUACAAAUCAAUCUCCUUUCUUUUGAUUUGUAAUGCGUCCACUUGGCUAUACACGAUACCAACAAUAGGUAUAAAAUGCAUUGGGACCAUAAUGGGAUAUCUCAUCCAUUGCCGAUGAGUCCAGGGAAAGGUCAUUCGUUUGUUGCCUCGUACUCAUUGAAUUUCUAGUCACUCCCGCGACCAAUUCCUGUACUAUGGCCAUCUUCUGCGGAAAUAAAACGACCCAGGAUACGAUAGAAAGUCCACAGAAAGGCCAAAAUAGUCCACAAGAUGCUGAGAAACAAGAACAAACCGAGCAGUUAAAAGAGGAGGUUCCCCCCCGAGACAUCAGCGGUUGGAAGUGGUACCUAGCGAUCGUCGCUAUAUGCUCUUCCACCUUCCUCUUCGCCUUAGACGGUACCAUCGUUGCGGAUAUUCAACCGGUCAUCAUCGCCGAUUUGGGCCAUGUCGAGAAGCUCUCCUGGCUUGGUGUCGCCUACCAACUCUCAGCCUCCGCCACGAAUUUAUUCUGGGGCAAGGUCUACGCUCAAUUCAACUCGAAAUGGUUCUAUAUAAUCAGCGUAAUUCUCUUUGAAAUCGGAUCCGUCAUUUGCGGCGCUGCCCCGAAUAUCAAUGCCCUCAUUAUCGGACGGGCCAUCUGUGGUAUUGGUGGAGCGGGGAUGUACGUAGGAGUCAUGACUUUGAUUGCUGCGACGACGACUAUAUCUGAGCGGCCGAUGUACGUCUCGGUAACGGGCUUCACAUGGGGAGGAGGGAUCGUGCUUGGGCCUGUCAUCGGGGGGGCUUUUAGUCAAUCUCGGGUCGGCUGGCGAUGGGCAUUCUACAUCAACCUAUUCAUCGGGGCCGCCUUCGCUCCGAUAUACCUCUCCCUGAUCCCCAACAAGCACCCCCGCCGAGGUGCCCCAUUAAAGGAGCGCGCGAAGGAGAUGGACUGGGUUGGAGCUAUCUUACAAGCAGGUGCCUGGAUCACAUUUAUUCUGGCGAUCAAUUGGGGUGGUUUGACCUAUCCUUGGAAUUCGGGACCCAUAAUCGCUCUCUUCGUGGUCUCUGGUGUGCUUUUCAUUGUCCUCGGGAUCCAGCAGGUUUGGACCAUAUUCACGACGGUAUCUCGUCGAAUCAUACCGGUUGAGUUCUUCUCAUCGCGGACGAUCCUCAUCCUCUUUAGCGCGACCGCGGCCUCGGGGGCUUGCUCCUUCAUUCCCAUCUAUUUUGUCGCGCUAUUCUUCCAAUUCACGCGUGAAGACACAGCGCUCGACGCAGGUAUCCGGUUGUUGCCGUUUAUUGUGGUCAUGAUUUUUGGUGUCUUCGCAAACGGCGCACUCCUAUCGAAGACUGGUUACCACAUGCCUUGGUACACUCUAGGUGGGGGGUUGGCUCUAGCCGGCGCCGCGCUGAUGUACACAGUUGACCUAUCGACCUCCGAGAGCCGCAUCUAUGGGUACACAGCGAUCCUCGGUGCCGGUGUAGGAACAUUCCUCCAAGCCUCAUUCUCGGUUGCUCAGGCAGUGGUACAACUAGACCAGAUCGCGUCCGCAGUGGGUUUCAUCACUCUCGCACAAUUCCUUGGUAUUACAAUCGCGCUAGCGGCUGGGAAUGCGGUGUUCUUGAAUGAGAGUCAGGAGCGCAUAACUCGGAUCUUGCCUGAUGUUCCCUUGGAACAGAUCCAACUUGCCAUGCAAGGCGCGGGGUCUAAUUUCGUCCAAAAUCUCGAGCCAAAUUUGAAGGUUCAGGUCUUGGAGGCGAUUGUGGAAUCUAUUGGCAAGACAUACAUCUUAGUCGUUGCUGGUGGCGCUUUGGUAGUUGUUCUGAGCUUGCUGAUGAAAAGGGAGCGAUUGUUCAUCAGUGGUGGAACAGUAGUUGCCUGAGGCCCGAGUAGUGUCAGUCAAAACCAUGGUUCUUUAUAGACUAUUAAGAAGUUUAUUAAGAGAUUUAUGAUCUUUAUUAAUAGAGCUAUACCUAGGGCUUAGGUAGGUAUCUGAACUGACGAUAUAAUCGUGCCCACCUCAAAGCCUGAAUGUGGACGAAUAUUUAUAUGAUAUUAAGUUUAAGGCUCAAUGGCAUCGAUACGAAGCUACUAUUAAUCUUAUUAUGAUCGAAGGACUUAGAAACCCAUACGUACAUAUUACUAUGAAAACUUUACAAGCCAUCAUGGAUUUCAUGAAUGCUUCUCUCAGGGGUAACUGCUUAUGUAACUUUG